AUGGCAGCAGAUGUGCACGCGACGGAGCAGGCAAAGUUCCCGAGCUCUCAACGCGCCGCAGCGCGCAAUGAAGCCGGCGCCAGCAAAACUGCGGUAGCCCAUGGCGAGGACGACGAGGACGACGACGAUGAGGAGGAUGAGGAGGAGGAGGAAGACGAAGAGCCGAAGCUCAAGUAUGCAAAACUCACGGGCAGCCUCACCAAUGUCUACCGCAACGGUGACAGCACGUCCGCCUUUGCUGUCGCCGGCGACAAGAUGGUGCUUGGAACACACAACGGGAACGUCCAUGUCUUGACUCUACCUUCCAUGCAACCGCUACGGACAUACCACGCGCACUCGGCGACGAUCACAAGCAUAUCGGUCUCACCUACUCCGCCUCCGCCAUCUCACCUCCAGCCGGAACCAGCAGCUAUCGCAGGCCUGAACACCCCUCCUGCUUCCCUUCGCUCCCAGCCGACCUAUAGCAACAGCCCUCGACCGUCGCGAACACAGCAGCAAUCUCAGACUGUAUCCAACACGCCCAACAACGCCAUCUACAUAGCCACUUCCUCCCUCGACGGCCAUGUCUGCAUCAGCUCGCUCCUCGAUCCCAAGGAUGUCCAACUUCGCAACUUUGCACGACCCCUGCAAGCCGUAGCGUUGAGUCCAGCUUAUACAAGCGACCGAACGUAUCUCUCAGGCGGUCUCGCAGGUCAGCUCAUCUUGACCGUCGGUGGAAAGGCGGGAGUGACGGUCGAUGCGAACACCAACAGCGCCGCAGCAACGGCUGGAGGAUGGUUGAACAGUAUCGGUCUGGGAGGAGACAGAGGCAAGGACACGGUCUUGCAUUCUGGCGAAGGCAAGAUUUGCGAGAUCAAGUGGAGCUUGAGCGGAAAAUGGGUGGUCUGGGUCAACGAGCAUGGAAUCAAGAUCAUGCGUUCGCAUCUUAAGCUUGAUAGUGAGGCGAGCGAGGAUGCUUGGAGACGGAUCGCGCAUGCCGAGAAGCCCAAUAAGCCUGGCUGGGAGGAGGGUGCAGGGGUGUGGAGGGCACGGGCGCAGUGGAUCGACGAUCGGAGGCUGGAGGCAGAUGAUGAGGCCGACUCUGGCACUGCAAACGGCGAGAAGGGUGCCACAGUCCUCGUUAACGGCGCUCCAAACGGUAAGAAGAAGCCUGCGGCGAAGGUAGAGAAGCUUGUCGUAGGUUGGGGCAACACGGUGUGGAUCUUACAUGUGAGCGAAGGUGGGAUAAAUCCAGCAGGCAAGAAACAGGUCGGCAGCGCGGACAUCGUGAACAAGUUCAACUUCGACUGUGUCAUAUCCGGCUUGAGCUUGUUGAGUCCAUCGAUGAUGGCGAUUCUGGCCUACCGGACGACAAAGGACGAGGAGCAGUCUACGCAGCAGCCUAGCAAAGCUGCAAAUGGGACUUCGCCAAAGAAAGGGCGAUCACAUCGACACACAGGUUUAGCACCACAACUACGGCUGGUUGGCGUUGAUGGGAUCGAAGUUGAUCUGGACGAGUUGUCAAUGUCUCGUUUCGAGACACUGUCCGCGCAGGACUACCAUCUCGGGACGCUGUAUAUCCCUCCUCCUCCACCGACCAAGACUUCUACCUCAAGCUCUGGCGGCGCAAGAGGAGCGCUGGAUGUGGUAUGGGACGCUGCAGGUGGCAAGUACGCGACUCGCAUGUUCUCGUCAUCUGCUAGCAUAAUGUCUCGGAGCAGUGACGACAACCGGACAUCUUCUUUCGCAUCACCACCUGCUUCUUCGGUUGGUGUGGCUGCCGCGAGCAUGCCCAAGAAGAAACGAAUCGAUGCACACCCUUACAUCGUCGAGCCGGGUCUGAAGCUCUUCAUUCAAAGUCCUUACGACUGUGUUCUGGCGGUCAAGCGGGGACUAAGCGACCGCAUGGAGUGGUUCAUGGACCACAAGGCGUACCGGGAGGCCUGGGAUCUGGCGGACAAACAUCCGGAAGUCUUCUCUUCAAUCUCGCCAUCCACUGCCGACAACGAAGGCAGUACCGAGCCAGACACUCCGAGGUCAAACAGAGGGCAAGGAAGUCUUGCCGAGUUCUUUGCCGAUUCGUCUUCUUCACAGAAUGGCGGGUCAAACGUCAAUCACGCUUCUGCCGUGGAAAGGGAGAAACGUCAUAUCGGUGACCUCUGGCUCAGACAGCUUGUCGACUCCUCCCAAUGGUCUGAGGCUGGCCGGGUGGCUGGAAAGGUGCUAGGCACAAGCGGGAGAUGGGAGCACUGGAUGUGGGCUUUUGCACAGGCAAACAAGUUCGACGAGAUCACGCCUUUCAUACCUUCGACCAUUGAUGCGCAGCUGCCCAGCGUGGUCUACGAGGUCGUGCUUGGACAUUACGUUCAGGCUGACCCGCUACGGUUGAUGCAGUUGCUGGAAGAUUGGGAUCCGAGUCUUGACUUGUAUGAUGUUGGCAGCGUGGUCAAGGCCAUUGAGUCCCGGCUUGACACUACGAACGCUGAGCUUGACGAGGAGGAGAAGAUUAAAGAAGGGAGUGCGGAUUGGAAGAUACUCACUGAGUGUCUAGCACGUCUCUACCUUGCAGAUGCCCGUGCAAAGGAGGCUCUACGCUGCUGGAUCCGCGUGCAGAACGCCGAAGCCGCCUUCCGCCUGAUCAGAGAGGAGAAGAUGAUCGAUGUAGUCGCCGCCGAAGACGUCACCGGCCUCCUGAUGCUCAGAGUUAGCAACGACCUAAUGAAAAACGGCAGCCUAAAAGAGCUCCAGGAAGCCAGCGAAGACGCCACCGCCCUCCUCGUCGACGAAGCCUUACGCGGAACCGUCCAUCCAGCAACAGUGAUUUCCCAACUCCGACCCCAAGGCGACAGGUUCAGACCCUUCAUCUACUUCUACCUCCGCGCCCUCUGGACCAGCCGCUCCAUCGACACGGACUACAAACCCCGCGGCAAGUUCGCCCGCGGCAUCAAUGAAGGCCACGCGCUCGUCGAAGACCACGCCGACCUCGCUGUGGAGCUCUUCUCGCAGUACGAUCGCGAGUUACUCAUGACCUUUUUACGAGCAAGCAGCAUCUACAGCUACGAGAAAGCCGCCGCUAUUUGCGAGAACCUCCACUACAUCCCCGAGCUCGUGCACAUCUUGUCCAAGACCGGACAGACGAAGCGAGCACUGUUCCUCAUCAUAGGCGAGCUGGGGGAUGUGAAGCAAGCGAUUGCUUUUGCGAAGGAGAACCCGGAUCUCUGGGACGAUCUGCUGGAUUACUCGAUGAACAAGCCGGCGUUCAUCAAAGGGUUGCUGGAGGAGGUCGGCACGGCUAUUGAUCCGAUCAACCUCAUUCGACGCAUACCAGAGGGACUGGAGAUUGAAGGGUUGAAACAGGGCGUGCAGCGCAUGAUGCGGGAAUACGAUAUUCAGUUCUCCAUUUCCGAAGGUGUGGCGAGGGUGUUAAGGGGGGAGGUGGCGAUGGGGAUGGAUACGCUGAGGGCGGGGCAGAAGAAGGGGGUGAGGUUUGAGGUGCUGCGGGAGGAUGCUCCGAGCGAGGAUGAUGUGCAGCUCGAAGUCGAAGAUCCGCCGACUAAGGUCGAUGGGGGUGAGGAACUCCCUACACCGAAGCGGAAGGCGGAGAAGAAGGAGGCGAAGGCCGCGGAGCCGGGGUGCUGUGUGGGAUGUGGUGAGCUGUUCAGCGAAGAAGAGAAAGAACCCCUCAUCGGCUUCGCCUGCGGCCACGUCUACCACCUCUCCUGCAUCCUCAAAGCCAACCCCGACACCUCCGACCCAGACACGAUAUCGCGACUCCUCGACCAGCUAGGCAGCGGCGCGGACGACGAAGGAGCGUAUACGGGAAGAUCGGUCGGCGGCAAAGUCGCGCACGCGCAUGUGAUUAAGAAUAUCGUCCGCGGUGGGUGUGCGCACUGUUCGAUACCUGAAGGUGCUUAA